AUGGUGGUGGCUGCAUCAUGGCUAAGGUUUGUGUUUGGCUCCUGUGCCCUGCAGGCCCUGGACCUGGUGGACCAGCGCUCUGUCACCUGUGUCUCAUCCCCCAGUGGACGGACAGCAUAUCAGGUGAUGGUCAGGCCAGGGCUGCUGUACACCUGCUACACCUCCUGUCACUACUGUGCCUGCCCAGCCUUCGCCUACACCGUGCUCAGGAAGAACGAGAGCCUGCUGUGUAAGCACAUCCUGGUAGGUAACCUCAGUCAGGUCAUGGGACUGUCCCAGCAGGAGACCCUGUCUGACCAGCAGAUGUCCUGUAUCCUCUCUGGGAGAGCAGCAGCCACUGACACGUAG